CUCCUUCCCGCCGCGCAUCCUCCUCCGCACCCCACAGGCCCCGCCAGCAGAUAGCCCAGCAUGGCGAACGCCAACUUCCUCGACAAGGCCAUCGAGAUGGUCAAGGAGGCCAUCGAGCUUGACACCAAGCAGAGCUAUGCCGAGGCGUACAAGCAAUACAUGAACAGCCUCGACUACUUUAUGAUGGCGCUCAAGUAUGAGAAGAACGAGAAGCUGCGCAUCCUUAUCCGCGGCAAGUUUGAGGAGUACGUCGCGCGGGCCGAGAAGCUCAAGGAGCACCUGGCCAAGGCCAACGGCACCGACGACGGCAAGUCGGCCGUCGGCGCCAACGGCUCUGAGCGCCAGGGAAACAGUGGCGGAAAGAAGGAGGACGACGGCGAUGCGGAGAACAAGAAGCUGCGCGCUGGGCUGAGCUCGGCGAUCCUGAGCGAGCGGCCGAACGUGUCGUGGGACGACGUGGCGGGCCUGACGACGGCCAAGGAGGCGCUGAAGGAGGCUGUCAUUCUGCCGAUCCGCUUCCCGCAGCUCUUCACUGGCAAGCGCACGCCAUGGCGCGGCAUUCUGCUGUACGGGCCGCCCGGCACGGGCAAGUCGUUCCUGGCAAAGGCCGUCGCGACGGAGGCGAAGAGCACGUUCUUCAGUGUCUCGAGCUCGGACCUGGUGUCGAAGUGGAUGGGCGAGUCAGAAAGACUCGUCAAGCAGCUCUUCCAGAUGGCGCGCGAGGCCAAGCCGUCGAUCAUCUUCAUCGACGAGGUCGACUCGCUGUGCGGCACGCGUGGCGAGGGCGAGUCCGAGGCGAGUCGGCGUAUCAAGACGGAGUUCCUGGUGCAGAUGAACGGUGUGGGCAACGACGAGGCUGGCGUGCUGGUGCUCGGCGCAACAAAUAUCCCGUGGCAGCUCGACAUUGCCAUCAAGCGGCGAUUCGAGAAGCGCAUCUACAUUCCGCUGCCCGAGGUCGAGGCACGGAAGCGCAUGUUCGAGCUCCAGGUCGGCACGACGCCGUGUGCGCUCACCAGCAAGGACUACCGCGACUUGGCCGAGAAGACGGAAGGCUACACCGGCUCCGAUAUCUCCGUCCUCGUGCGCGACGCCCUGAUGCAGCCCGUGCGCAAGGUGCUCAGUGCCACGCACUUCAAGAAGGUCAUGGCGCCGAUGAAGCCCAAGGAGGGCGAGCCGCAGCCGGACGAGGGCAUCAUAACCGAGUACCUCACGCCCUGCUCGCCCGGCGACCCCGAGGCGAUGGAGAUGAGCUGGGAGAACGUCGAGGGCAAGGACCUGCUCGAGCCCAAGCUCGUCAUGACCGACUUCAUGCGCGCCAUCCAGGCGGUGCGGCCAACUGUCACCGAGGCAGACAUCGUCAAGCACCGCGAGUUCACCGACGAGGCCGGCAUGGAAUGAGCCUUUCCGUAGACCGUUCUUGGAUGUCUCCGCCUUUGUUCCAGGCCGUGUAUUUGCUUCUCUCUCUUUUGGUCAGCGCAGCGCAUUUCCUCUGCCGAGCGCCGCCGCUCAGGCUGCGGCACCAGAGGCUUGCCGUGUUCAAUGUCACUCGG